CGUUGCUCGUUUGAUCAAGUACAUCAUGGCCGAUUCCAAAUUAUUCUGGAAGCACUCACUUUUGCUGUUUUCUAAGAAUUCACUAGCAUAUAAUCGUUGUACAUUAUGUUACCUUUAUCACACUGAUCCCAAGUCUGCAACAUGUUUCUGUAAAUAUAAGAUGCUGUGGAGAUCAUGACUGUUCAAAUAGUGUUGGCUCAAUAACUUUAGGGGACUGGGAAUGUGACCAUAGCUUCUAUUUCUGUUUAUUCCUUGGUUGUGAAGUGUCAGGUGCUAUGCCCGAGCUUUCAGUUAUUUGCUGGUUUUUCUCCCUAUUGGUUGGUGUUAGGAUCAUAUUUUCCUGAUAAACUGAUUAGGUACACGAAGGAUAAUAUUAACAGUGCAGUAGUGCAGAUUAUUUACAUUAUUGCCAUGCUUCCUUUAAUAGUCACUGAAAACACCACAUAUCUGGUGUAUCUCAUGUUUGAUUUCAUCACCACAUAUUUGGUAUAUCCCACAUUUGAUUAUUUUUGAGUGGUCUAAAGUUUCAAGUACAUGUCUUUGGCUUGAUGCUUUAGACUCAUUAUAUUAUUGAAUCUUCACGAGUUUGUUGAGUGAUUGUCUACGGAAUUUAUUUCGUCAUUGCCUUCUUGGUCACCAUAUCUUCAUUAUUUCUUGGAGUUUGAUUAGAUAAGCCAUUCUUAGUAUGAUGGCUAUUUAAAGUAUGUUCCCCUACCUGAUAACGUGAUGAGACAAUUGAACUUUGUAGCUUUAUGGGAGCAUGUGGAUCAAGGAAUUGAUUGGUGGGUUCUAAAAGGCUGUGAAUGAUGGACCUAAUUCGGUUUGACUAAGACUGAAGUAUCUUGUAGACUGAAUUUAGAGAAGGGAGGAGACCUAUUACAAGAAGAUUGGACAAUGUUGACAACCCUGUGUUUAGCACUAUUAUUGUGCUUUUUCUUGAUACCAAUUACCUUGGAUGACAAUCUUAUGGAGUGAUGCCAUGCUACGGGUUAGACAAAAUUAGAUGACCAAGAUACUAGAAACUUUUUGUUCCCAAAAAUACCUAAUUGAUUUUAGUCAAUACAUCCGAAGUCAGGUUGUUUAUCAAGCUAUGCCCAUAUCCUAUUGUACUUAUGAAGUCUGACUAGAUAUGGUAACUCUUGCCCUGUAAAGUCACAAUUAAACAUUGCUAUGCUUUGAGCAUGAUCUCAAUGAUCUCUCACAAUAUUUUGUCAUGCUCAUAAGUCAUAGCCUUUUGUUUUCAUAUUGUACCGGAACUUCUAGUUGUGUUUUUAUCUUUUCGUCGCAUUCACAGUCAUGAGCUUUAGUUAGUUAUUGCUCGUCUGUCCACUUGUUAUUUUCUUUUUGUGCUUGUUGAAGAUCUCGUGAUGAUUCCUCCUGCAGUAUGCACCCUCAUUGUUUGUUCAACUGCAGGUAGCUCAAGUUAAAAUGGAUGAUUUAGAUGCCGAUACAUCGUCCUACCACUGCAAUGUUGUGAGACAUAUGCCUCUGGAAUCGAUUGAUUCAUCCUUGGCGAUCGGAUUUUAUUGCAGGAACAAGAGUGAUUUCGAUGAUUUUUGUUCACGUGCAUCAGAGUUGAUCGACCAAUCAAAUGGUGCUCCACUAUUUACAAUCGCUGAGUCCCGUAGUAACCCAAACCCUGCCAGUUACCGCAGCACAGCAAAAGAUGAUGCCAUCUGCACCCAAGAUUUUGAACCCGUAGACAAGCUGCCCACCAGUGGAUCAGAGAAUUUCACACAGGACGACGAGUGGCAACUUCUUUGACCCUGAAAUGUGAAUUUCGAAACUCAUAUAAGUAUAACCUUCUAGGCUGUAAUUUGUAUUGUGCAUCCAACCAUAGUAUCUAUUUGAAACCAGUAAUUGGUGUGCUUUUUCUCCAUUCUCUGUUGAUUGAACCUGGAUAGAUAACAUUAUUUUUAGGUUGGAUCCCUUUUCCAUCUCGAUUUCAUAUUUGUGAAUAAAUCUUCAUUUGAAACAA